AUGCCCUCUCGACACAUCCUGACCUUCCUCGCUCCGGCUUGGGGCCAUGCACUGCCUUAUAUUCAUCUUACGACUCGAAUGCUGGCCUCGGAUCCGGAGCUGGUUAUCACCAUUGUGCAGCACAAGAGCUUUGUUGGGAGAAUGUUGAAAGAGCUGGAAUCAUGUUCCUAUGAUGUCUGCAGGUUGAAGAUUGAGGGUGUAGGCGACGCCGACCUCCAAUCAUCACCGGAAAACAUUAAAACGUGUGUGGGGCAGCUCGCAGCUGGAUGGCUCGAGAUUCUCGCCAGCGCAGUUGGCGGAGGAUCAGAUUGGCCCAGACCUCAGACAUUACAUAUGGAUUUGGGUGGAGGAGGACUCGUUAUUAAAGAAUCGAAGGCAUUGUUGGGACCGGAGGGCAAAGUUCUGCUCUGGUGCUCCACCGGGCUCGCAGCAUGCAUGGAUUAUUUUGCCCCAUUCGACUACGCCAAGAUCGCGCACGAGAUAUACAUUGACGAGAGUAGAAGAGGAGGGAGAACGAUGGAGGACAUUAUCGGCGACCUCAUCCAGGUCGUGUGGGCCGGUAAUGGAAGCGACAAACUCGACGGGAGGAUCUUCGAAAUCUUCGGUGGAAUGAAAAUAUACGAUCACGAGCGCACAGCACAGGGCGCCGGGCCACCGCGCGACUUUGCUUUGGUCAUGGUAUCCGCACAGGAACUGGCGCGGCUAUGUGACGGCUUCUUUUGUCCCACCAGCAACCCGUUGGAGUCCUCAGUGAUUCCCCUCGCUCGUGAUUACUACAAACAGCGUGGGCAAGAGCUGUUUCUGGUCGGUCCUCAGAUGCACGAUGAUGAGUGGGAGGCCCCGUCAGCAGGUCCCGGUCCUAAGGAUGAAAGAAUGAAAACUUUCUUGGAUGAUGCGCGCAAAACACACGGGCCUAAAUCUGUGCUGUACAUCUCUUUCGGUUCGUUUUUCUUCCCCGCACAGACACCUCAGCUGCUUGAGGCGUUGGUUGACGUGCUGCUCAAUCUCGAUACCGUCAUCCCCUUCGUAUUUGUCCUGGGGUCGGCGAUGGCUUCUCUGCCGGAAAUAACCAUCGAUCGCAUUCACGCCAGCGGCCGAGGACUCGUAUGCGCUCAUUGGGUCGAUCAGAAAGCCGUCUUGAAGGGUGGUGCAAUCGGCUGGUUUUUGACUCAUGGCGGCUACAACUCGUUGACUGAGGGGCUAAGCCAAGGAAUUCCGCUUAUUUUCUGGCCCAUUGGAGCAGACCAAGCUCUCAAUGCCGCUGUUUAUACGACGGGUCCCUGUCCCGUCGGAAUCGAGCUAUUUCAGAUCCGAUCUGGAACUCAACUAGGUCCUUCGCUUCGUCCCGAAGCACCCAAGAUCACAGGAACAGUUGAAGACGCGAAGACCGAGUUCGAGCAGGCAUUCAGGGAUCUCAAAGGACCCAGAGGCGAACUCCUUAGACAAAACGCCACCCGCAUUGCAGAGCUUUGGCGCGAGGAGAGAGUCAACGGGGAACCCGUAAAGGAGAUCGCGAGGCUGACGAGAUUCUGAAAUAGAUCUAGACUGACCAUUAGACACCGAAUUAGUGUAGAGACCCGUA